CUAAAAUACCCAGAAAAAAGGAAAAGAUGACAGGUUCUGGUUCACCUUGUGGAGCCUGCAAGUUCUUGAGGAGAAAAUGCGUUAGGGGGUGUGUUUUUGCACCUUAUUUCUGUCAUGAACAAGGUGCGACCCAUUUUGCUGCCAUACACAAGGUGUUUGGUGCAAGCAACGUUUCAAAGCUGCUUGCUCACCUCCCUGUAAAUGACCGCUUUGAAGCUGCUCUAACCAUUUCAUAUGAAGCUCAAGCUAGGGUUCAAGACCCUAUUUAUGGCUGUGUUUCCCAUAUCUUUGCUCUCCAACAACAGGUUGUGAAUCUACAGGCACAGCUUGCUUCUCUCAAGGAAUUACAAACAGCUCAGAGCUCUGUUACUGCAAACCCUAAUGACAGAUACCACGGGAAGCUUCAUAAUCUUCAAGAUGUUCAAAGUUGGUUUCAGCCGGAUAGUUCACUGAAUUUUGAUCCGAAUUCAUACGGGUUGUUGUUGGAUCCGAGUAGCUCUUUAGGGAACUUCGAAAAUUCAGGCAACUCUUCGUUUACUACAACUUUUGAGGAGGCUCCUCGUUCCAUGUCUUCCUUUGACAUGCAAACCAGACAAUGGAAUAAUUGCCAGGAUGUUGUUGAUGACCUUCAAGCAAUGGCCUUUGGCUAUGCUCAACAUUCAUGAAGAAAGCUGGGAUUAAAACCGGUGAACCUUCCAUUUUUGAAUUGCAUGCUGCAUAUUUUGGAACACAUAUAAAUAUAUGCACCUUUUGUGGCUAUAAAUAAAAGCUAGGAACCCUAGAUUUUGUUCAUAAAACCGGAAACCCUAAAUUCUACCCUAUUACUUGUUUUCUAUAUAAUCUAGUGUAAUCCUGGAAUAUUGAUAAAGUU